AGGUGCUACAUAAAGGGAAACGCAGGACACGGUCGUUUCAUAUUUCCAUACGCACUUUAAAGCCAACUCAGAGAGACAAAGGGGAAGGAGAAAUCGCCACUUGUUUUUUCAAAAUCUUUGUUUGAUUUGAUCUUUUCCCUGAAGAAGGAAGCAAAAGGAUGGAUAAUCUGAUGGGUCUUCUCAGACUCCAUGUGAAGAAGGGUGUGAAUCUCGCCAUCAGAGAUGUCUCGAGCAGCGAUCCUUAUGUCGUCGUUCGUAUGGGUAAACAGAAGCUGAAAACUCGUGUGGUGAAAAAGAAUGUGAAUCCCGAGUGGAACGAGGACUUGACUCUUUCCGUGGCUGAUCCCACUCUCCCGGUUACCAUUACGGUGUACGACAAGGACCUCUUCUCGGCUGACGACAAAAUGGGAGAAGCAGAGUUCAAGAUCGGACCUUUUCUCGAAGCAGUGAAGAUCAGACACCAACUGGGACUCGUCCCUGAAGGAUCGGUAAUAAUGAAGGUGCAGCCGAACAGGGAGAACUGCUUGUCCGAGGAGAGCCAGAUCGUGUGGUCGAAGGGCAAGAUCGCUCAGGACAUGUUCCUGAGGCUCAGGAACGUCGAGUGCGGAGAGGUCCAGCUUCAGCUCGAGUGGAUCGAGGUCCCCGGUUCCAGGGGCAUUUAGGUCAUUUCACGUGUAUCUCCCCUCCGACCGGACGCUCCUUGUGCGCGUGUGUGUGUAUAUAUAUAUAUGGCUAGGUAAUAGAAUGGUUAUAUAACAAAUCUGGUUAGAACUUUGAUAUUGGCUUUUCUGCAAUGUUUUUUUUUACCCGAACCAUAAUGUUUGAAUGUUCGUGGGAGUGUGUAUGUAUCCAUGAAACUUUUUACAA